UGCAAAGUUACGCACGCAUGCACGCGCGCGCUCUCGCGCAGUCCUCUCAACCUUCAGCUCAGUACAUCCCACUAUGCUUUGCGAUGGACUGACAAGUGGAUCCAAGAUGGCGUAGAAAGUAAAGCUAGAUGUUUUCUUGCUGAGUCAUGGCAGACAGGAGAGCGGAGAAGUCAUGUGAAGAAGCCAGCAGAUCUUUAGCCAGGCGGGAGUACGAGGCGGCCGUCACUCACAGCACGGAUGCACUGGUGGUCCUUGCACCCCAAACUCCAACCUCCAGUGCUCCGGGCCUGCAGAGCCCACCAUCCCUCUUCUCUGCCGGACCUCUUCGCAGCCGAGCCCUACUCUAUCGAAUUGCUGCCUUUCUUCAGCUGAAAAAUUAUGAUGAAGCAGAUGAAGACUGCAAACAUGUUCUGGCAGAAGAAAUUGCACGAGGAGAUGGCUCACUACAGGCGAGUUUGCGCUCCAUGCUGUUGGAUGGCAGCCUGCAGGAGGUCGCCAGCAUCCUCUCUAAAGCCUUGUAUGGAGAGCCAAUGAAUGGCAUUGUUACAAAAGACUUGACCAGAUUAAAAAUGCUAUUUUCGGAAAUUGAGGCUGUAAACAGAGAAAUGGCUCCAGACUGCACGGAUGAGCAAGAUGAAGAGGUCUACGAUGGCUGGCAGUUCCGGCCUCCUCCCAGAGGAGUCACCAGCAGCGAGGAGUACACCUUGUGCAAGAGGUUCCUGGAGCAGGGUCUCUGUCGGUAUGGGGCUCAGUGUACAUCCGCUCACUCUCAGGAGGAACUAAUGGAAUGGCAGAAGCGUUACGCGUCACGACUCAUUCGCCUCAAACAACAGCAGGAGAGCAAACACUUCACAGAAAACUACAUGGAAACCUUGAUAGAAAAGUGGAUUAACUCCUUUUCUCCAGAGAAAGUGCUAAGCGACAGUUUGGAAGGAGUGAAUGUAGAGACGAGCUCCAGUCUAUCCGUUACUGUCACCACCAAAAAAUCCUCCCACUCCUGGAUAUUCUCUUUGUUGUGCAGGCCGCCGAGAAAGCUGUACCGCAUCGCUCUGCUCUAUGAUGCCCAUCGACCACACUUCUUCAUCACAGGCGUGUCGGCCGAGGAGCGCCUUCAAACUGUCCCCAAAGGAUGCCAAGAGUGGACUCCUGGAGAGGAAACAGCAGGGGCACCAGACAAUGGUCUUGAUCAGUGCAUCUACAAGGUGGCAGUGGGUUUCAGCACAGAGAUCUUUGGAACCUUCAGGCAAACCAUUGUUUUUGAUUUUGGUUCUGAGCCUGUUCUCAUGCAGCGGAUCAUGGUGGACGCCGCCUCUAUUGAAGAUCUAGAACACCUGUUGGCAGCCAGGCAGCAGUUGCUGAUAACUGCAAAGCGCUGGGACUCCUCCUGUAAGACCAUUGUAGAGUUCAGUCCCAAUGAGACGAUGGGUGAGCUUGAACGCAGCCUCCUUUCCCGCUAUCAAAUACCUCUGUCGGCUGACCAGCUCUUCACCCAGUCGGUCUUGGACAAGACUCUGACCAAAGACAACUACCAGGCUCGACUGCACGACUUGCUCUACAUUGAAGAAAUUGCACAAUAUAAAGAAGUUAGCAAAUUUAACAUCAAAGUGAACCUUCAGCUGGUCAAUAGCUUCAUGCUGACUGGCAUUUCUGUUGGAGCCAAGUAUGCUCAGAACGGACAACUCUUUGCACGCUUCAAACUCACCGAAACUCUUUCUGAGGACACACUGGCUGGACGAUUAGUGAUGACCAAGGUAAACUCGGUUUUGCUGCUACCGUUGAGCCGGGAUGGAGUUAGCAGCCAGCCACCUCCGGGUGUGAAGGAGCGGGUUUAUGAAGCUGUGAUAGAGGAGAAGACCAAGGACUACAUCUUCCUUAGGAUCUGCAAAAACUGCUGUGAGGAGCUGGGCCUGCAGUCUGACAGAGAAUUACAGGUGGAGCUCCAAUUUCAGCUAAACCGACUGCCACUAUGUGAGAUGCACUAUGCCCUGGAUCGAAUCAAAGAUAACUGCAUCCUCUUCCCUGAUGUUACCAUGGUUCCUACCAUCCCCUGGAGCCCCAACAGAUGCAUCCACUUGCUGACGACUAGAUCCAUGUACCGACAGUGGGAUGAGCAGCUCGAUCCCCGUCUCAAUGCCAAGCAAAAAGAAGCCAUCCUGGCCAUCACAACACCUAUCUCCAUCUCCCUGCCCCCUAUCCUCAUCAUUGGACCCUACGGUACCGGCAAGACCUUCACUCUGGCACAGGCUGUCAAGCACAUCCUUCGCCAAGACAACAGCAGGGUUUUGAUCUGCACUCAUUCCAACAGUGCGGCUGACCUUUAUAUCAAGGACUACCUUCAUCCUUAUGUUGAAGCAGGCAAUGCGCAUGCCAGACCUCUCAGGGUAUACUUCAGGAACCGCUGGGUGAAGACGGUCCACCCGCUGGUCCAGCAGUACUGUCUCAUUUCCAGCACACAGGUCACUUUCCAGAUGCCCACAAGGGAGGACAUCCUCAGGCACCGCAUUGUUGUGGUCACCCUCAGCACCUCCCAGUACCUCUGCCAGCUUGACUUGGACCCUGGAUUGUUCACUCAUAUCCUGUUGGAUGAAGCAGCUCAGGCCAUGGAGUGUGAAACCAUCAUGCCUUUUGCUCUCGCUAGCAAAUCAACCCGUAUCGUGUUGGCUGGGGACCAUAUGCAGCUCAGUCCAUUUGUGUACAGCGAGUUUGCACGGGAGCGCAAUCUGCACGUGUCUCUGUUGGACCGGCUGUAUGAGCACUACCCCUCUGAAUACCCCUGUCGGAUCCUCCUGUGUGAAAACUAUCGAUCCCACGAAGCGAUAAUCAACUACACAUCAGAAUUAUUUUAUGAUGGAAAGCUGAUGGCAAGCGGGAAGCAACCCUCCCACAAAGACUUCUAUCCUCUCACCUUCUUCACAGCCAGAGGAGAAGACGUCCAGGAGAAGAACAGCACUGCCUACUACAACAACGCCGAGGUGUUUGAGAUCGUGGAGCGGGUGGAGGAGUUGCGUAAAAAGUGGCCAGUUGCUUGGGGUAAACUGGAUGACGGAAGCAUCGGGGUGGUGUCCCCCUAUGCUGACCAAGUCUUCCGCAUUCGGGCUGAACUUCGUAAGAAAAGGAUGCACGAGGUCAGCGUUGAAAGAGUACUCAACGUCCAAGGGAAACAGUUUCGGGUGCUGUUCCUCAGCACCGUGCGGACACGGCACACCUGCAAGCACAAGCAAACAGCCAUCAAGCGGAAAGAGCAGCUGGUUGAGGACUCAACAGAGGACCUUGAUUACGGUUUCUUGUCCAACUACAAGCUACUUAACACAGCCAUUACAAGAGCCCAGUCCCUGGUUGCAGUUGUGGGAGACCCCAUAGCGCUCUGCUCUGUAGGGCGCUGCAGAAAAUUCUGGGAACACUUCAUUUGCAUUUGCCAUGAAAACGCGAGCCUGCAUGGCAUCACCUUUGAGCAGAUCAAGGCUCAGCUGGAGGCCCUGGAGCUCAAAAAGACGUACGUCCUGAACCCCCUGGCUCCAGAGUUCAUCCCUCGUGCCUUCAGACCCCUGCAAGGACACCACUCUUCCCCGCAGGCCCUCCACCCCCUCCAUCAUCCACACCCCCAACAUGCUCAGUCAGCCUCUAACAAGCAGGCUUCGCAGCAACAGCAACAGCAACAGUCCCCCCCUAAGGGGAAACAUGCUAACCACUCGGAGCACCUCCCACCUGAAGGAUAUGUUCAGCCCAACCCUGCUGUGUUGAUGGGAAACCCUAUCCGGGCAUUCACUCCACCCUUGGGCGGCACCGCGGCUGGGAUGGGCAAGUCACCCAGUCCGGUUCAGAGGAUCGAUCCUCACACGGGCGCCAGCAUCCUCUACGUUCCAGCUGUGUACGGGGGAAACAUGGUCAUGUCCAUGCCUCUGCCGCUUCCUUGGCCUGGAUACCAGAACCGCUUUGCUGUGGACCCGCGCAUCAUGAGCCACCCAGCAGCCAUGGCUUACAACUUGAACCUGCUGCAGCCGCAGAGCAGAGGCUCCCCCAUUCCUUAUGGCGGAGUCGCACAUCCCUCCCCAUUAGGAAUGGGCCAGCCCAGUCCUGACAAGGAGCAAGCAGCUGACCCCAUCCGAAAUGGUAAAGUGGAGGGAAGUUCAAAGUCAGAGCAAAACCGUCUUCAGACUCCAGAGAGGAAAAAUGCUGAAAUAAAAGAAAAACAGGGAGAUUUAGAUACGGGGCAAAGUCGAGGUCAGGAUCCACAGACAGAAGGGGUCAUCGGAUUUCCUAACAGUUUGCUACUCCGAAAAGACCCUUCAGCUUCUCAAAGACCUCUCAACUACCACCUGGCGCCUCCCAGCGCAGCGUUUCCUCCCCAUCCCGCCAGUGGAAGAACUUUCCCACAGCAGUUUCCGGUCCCUAGGCUUCCUUAUCGGCUCGGCCAGCCCCAGCAUCCAGGAAUGGCGCCGCAGAGUCAGCAGCAGCUCAGUCCCGCCUUCAGCGGCGGAAACCACAAUGCUCCGUUUUUGAGUGGCGCCAUACCCGCUCACAGGCCGGUGCAGUCGCCUUCCGCGGAUGGACCGGAGCCUGGAGGAGUGGAGGACUUGAGCAGCGCUGUUAGGACUCCGCUGGGCCUCCCCACUGCCCAGCAUCUGGGUCUGCAGCAUAACAGAAUCAGCAGCUACGGGGAGGAUGGACAGAACGGAGGCCCAGCAGACCCUCUAGACAACCAGGGUACCUCGGCGCUGGAGGCCCUGAGUCAGCAGCAGGCGGCCAGGCGGGGGCAGUGGGGGGAGGCAGCAGGCCCUUUCCUCCAGGGGAACGUCGCCUUUUCUCUGCCUCAGCAGCUCGCUCACCUAGCCCAGCCUGGCAUGGCCCGCUUCCCCCCCCAACUGCUCCGACCGGCUAGCUGGGGCCUUUGUGCUGAAGAGGAGGCCUUCCCGUCGACCACGGGGCCGACGUUUGCCAGAUACCCAGCCCUCUUGAGAGAGAUGCCCCCCCAGGAUGCCCCCGAACCAAGGGAACCGCCUGAGAUGCAGCCCCCACCGCAGUCCCGCCUCCUCCAGUACCGACAGUCCCAGUCCCGGGCUGCGGCCGACCCUUCGUCCUCUUUAGCUACCAUUUCCAACCAUGCUGGUCCCUACCCAACAGGACUUUACCCCCACGAGACCGCUCACGCCCUCCCCAAUGAAAACAUGCUCAACAACCAGGCUCUGCAGCAGCAGCAGCACCCUGGGAACCCCCUCUACAACCCUGGUAGCUAUCCACCUCAGCCGUCGGCUCACUCUGGCAGCCCUCCUCCUCCUCCUCCCCCCCCUCCUCCCUCCUCCCAGGGCAAAUAUCUUCUCCAGGACGCUCAGUGGUCGCACGGUGGAGCUGCUGCACAGCAGAACCACAUGUUAGGGAACCAGGGCCACAACCUUCCUUAUGGAUUUCCCAUCAUAGCCCACCCCAGCAGGCAGGAGCAGGUGCACCUGAUGCAGCUUCACCACCAGCAGCAGCAGCAGCAGCACCACCACCACCAAAACCAAGGCCAAGAUGUAGAGUCCUACCAUCCACUUUCCCCCAGAACACCAGCAGCCACAGCCCUUCACACUGUAGACGAGUAUGAACCCCGGGGUCCAGGUCGGCCCCUCUAUCAGCGCCGCAUCUCCUCCAGCUUCCCGGACGAGUCCUGUCCUGCCAACACGCUCAACUCCCUGCCCCAGCAGCCCCAGCCCUGCUCCUCAGACCCGGAGCACCCCCAAAUACAGCAUCAUCAGCACCCUGCAGGCUCCUACAGCUACCCCCUGCACGACCACCUGUGGCCCAGCAACGGCGGAGGGCCCGGCCCCUUUCAGAACGUUCCGUGUAACGGAGCCGGCUCGCUCGCUCAGCAUCGGGAAAGUCUGGCGGCCUCCUCCAAGGCCCAUCGCCAGACGGAUGAGCAGGUAAAGAGCGAGGCCAUCGCAGCGCCGCCGAUGCACCCUCACCCCGCCAACUCCCUGCAGCACCAGUUUCCUCCUCUCAUCUCGAAUAAAAAGCAGCAGCAGCAGCAGCAGCAGCAGCAGGCGUCUCCACCCCUGGCCUCCGCUGAAGCUGCACACGGGGCUCCAAAUCUAAGCAAGACGCCGACCAUGUCCUACGCGAGCGCCCUGCGGGCCCCACCCAAACCCCGCGCUCUUCGGCCUGAGCAGGUGAAGAAGAACAGCGACCCCCUCUCCCUCCUCCAAGAGCUGACUAUAGGAAGUUCAAAUGGUAGCAAUGGUUACUAUUCCUACUUUAAAUGAACGUCCGUCACACUCUUCUGAAACUAAAGGAAAAAACUAAAAAAAAAACUAAAAAAUUCAUAAUAAAAAAGAAAAAAAAGAAAAAUCAUUUAACUGUUUCUAAAUGUAGACCUUUAUGUUUGUUUCAUUUUAGCGUUUUAUUGGUAACUGUCAUUUAUUUUUCCUUCGAGUUACAUAUCUGUGAAAAAACGUUAAGUAUAUAAUAAUUAAUACAUUGCCAGUAUAUACAUACUCAUUAUGUAUAUAUGAAAAUAUACUUAUAUUAUCUACACUUGUAUAUGUAUCAAAUGAUAAAAUAAAUUUAAAAAAAAAAACAGAAAGAAAAAAUCGUUUAAAAAUUUGGUUGACCACUUAGCUGCACAUUUCUUCUAGUAGAGAUGAUUCUGUUCUGACUAAAACUCUGGUUUUCCUCCAUUUUUUUUUCCUGUGUUUUUGUUUGUUUAUAUUUCUAUGCUUCUGUGCUCGUGGUGGCGGAUGAAAGCUAAGUGGUCAACCGACAAACCACAUGGAACAGUGUAUAGAAUUAGUUCAUUUUCCUCUAGUCUGUACAGAAAAAGAAUGAAUCGUUUGCCACAGAUUUCAUGAGUUUUUUUGUUCAUCAGAUUCUCUUCAGCUCUUAGUCCUCCGUACAUGGAAACCGUUUUCUGUGAUUAUUUAUAGAAAAACACAAAUGAUGCUCAGAUCAUUAACCUUUCCUGGGAAAAAGAUGAAUUCAGUGUGAAAAUAGCGACAUCCCUGCUUUUCUUUUCUUUUUUAAGAAGUUAUAUAUGAUUGCUGCUUCACCAUGUGUGUGUGUUUUUUUUUAGUCUAUCGUUUUGUUUUUCAGUUUUAGUCAGUUCUGCCUCGUUGCUCCACCUUCAGAUCCAGAUUCUCACACAUCCUUCCCGGCGACACCGAGGGUCUCCAUCGUUUUUGCUACUUUAACAGUUAUUUGUGCGUUUUUUUUUUUCUCUUAUUUUGAAAAGUUCAGUCUACUCUGAAGGUUUGUGUAAGUGGGACGAGAGGGGCGAAGCGGAGUUUCAAAAGAAGAGCGUGGCGGUUUUAAAAAGAGGGGAACGCGAAACUAAACUGUAUGUGAAGGAGACGUAUUUUUAUCGGGUUUUAGGCAAACGCCAUCGCAUACUGGAGUGUUUUUUUUUUCUUCCAGAGCGCUCACCGUCAGCACAACGUCAAAGCUUUAUUGACAUUUAACUUCCCGUUCAAUGAAAGCUGGCUGAAGCCAUAACAGACUUUUAUCCUCCAUCAUGAUCUGACAUCUAAACUUUUCUUCUUUUUUGAUUGAGACUCAACCUUUUUCACUUUUAGAUGCUGGAGGGAAACGAGAAUGAGACAUUUGAUGACAGAGAUGGUUUAGGUUGAACUGGGAACGUCGGCGGCAUCAGACGAUUGGUUUGUCUCUUUUGGUACCGUUGCGUUUUGUUGAAAGAGCCCCGCCCAGCUGUUUAAACGCUUCCAUCACUUCCUGCCGGUCUUUUUUCCCACUCCUGCCUCUGAAAAAUUCAUCUUCUUUUUUGAAAAUGCUACAGCUGAGAUCUUUGGCUGUGAACAGGAAGGCGGAGCUUCAUCAAACGUAUGGUUUCCUUCCAGUCAAAUGUUUUUACUCAGCAGAAAAUACAUAUUUGUAAAUAUGCAUUUUCUAUGUAUUUACAAAUGAGAACUUUGGGAACGCCUCGAUUUUAUAGAUGCUGUUCGAGGAAGAGGUUUGCCCUUUUCAAUUAUGCAAAUUCACACACAAAAAAGUCUAGAAAUGGAAAAAAAAAUCAACGAACAGUUGCAACAUAUUGUAACUUUUUAGAUCAAAAAUCUUUUCUUUUUUUUUUUUUUUUUAAAGAUUUUGUUUUUAUAAAGGCAGUUACAUCGCUGCAAGGCGACAUGCUUCUGUGUACGAUGUGUGUGUUUUUGUUCUGUUUUUUUGUUUCAUACCGAUUGCUGGACGGUAAAUUUCCUGUACAACAAUCAAGGAUUCAUCUGAAAUGUGAAGUCUUUAUUUCUUCCUGUUGGUGCAUGUUCAGGUCACCGGGCUGAUUGGAUCCGUUCGCCUUGAUUUCUGGUUUGGAAAUGAGGGAGGGGGGGUAGAAAAGUUAAAAAAAAAAAAAAAAAAAAAAAAACACCAAAAAAAAGGAGUUUUGUUUAAACUAGUGUCAAUUUUUCACUCUAUAAUUUGAUGUGUACAAUAACUUGUGACAUGAUCAAUAUGUUACUUUUACUAACGUGUCAAUCAAAGAUGUGAUGGUCAGUCGUGUUUCCUUUCUUUGGCGUGACCUGAGCUGGGGGGGGGGGGGGGGGGGGGGUUGCUCCCCGUUUCCCUCCAAGCAGAAGUUGUGCAAUACUAACAUUUCACCGCUUCUUUAGCUGCAGUUGUAUUUAUUUUCGGAGCAGAAGACGUUGAGCCAAAGACAUUUGAAAGGGACUCUGUUUCCAUCAUGUCAGUACCCCCCCCCCUUUUAACCUGUCAGAGUCCCCCUCUUUGUGUUGGAACAGAAGUCAUUUCACGUUAGGACCUCCUUCAGCAAAGGCGAUGACGGCGUCAGGAGUAGGAAGGGAGCAACCUUUGGCCCGGCCAGCAGAGAGCGGAGCGUUCAGCCCUCUUUAAGCCCAUCGUCCCGUCUAUCGGUGAUCACCCGUCCCACUUUAUCAGUCCCGGUCGUUCCUCUCUCGUGGAUGCAAAACUACUAGAUGGUUUGACUCUUAUACAUUUCAGUUGGUGAUGGCUAUACUAAAGGAUUUAAGUUGUGUUUUAAAGGUUUAUUUUCUUUUUAUUUUAUUUCUCUAUUAAAGUGUUUUUAUUGAAA